GUUACCUCCCCGUGGUGUAUCUCGGUAACAAUUUCAUGGAAUUUUUCAAAAUCGGUGAAAUUGGCAAAAUACCAAUCAGAAGAAAUGAAGAAGUCAAUUUAUUUUAACGAAACACUUUUGGAACACCUCGUUAUCUAAAACAGUAAGCGAUGACAAAAAAUUGUCAUUUUCUCAAAAUUUCCAAUCCUCCGAGUCCGAGAAGUAGAAGAAAAUUUAAAGGACGAAUCGUAAAAUGAAUUCCAGAGGGAAAAAGAAUUCCCGAAGUUUGGAGAUGAAAAGGUAAAAGGAAUGAUUGAAGUAGAAGAAAAGAGGACACAAGUUUUCGCGACGGAAUUUUAUUUUAAGAUUCUCGGAUCAUGCCUCGCAGUGGCUCUCGCCGAACCAAUUCACAUUCAUUAUGACACAACGCACUAUCAUGGACCACCUGCGCCCCUCGACAAAAUUGGCAGGGUCAUUGACACACCGGAAGUGGCACACGCAAAAGCAAAACAUUUAGCCAUUUUUGAAGCCGAGGCAGCGAAAAGUUCAUAUUCAUCGGGUGGUGGCGAUGAUGGCGGAAGUUCCGGUGGUGCUUCCGAGAAACAUCCACUUCCUCAUCAUCAUCAUCACAUUGAGCAUCAUUAUCAUGGUCCACCAGCUCCAUUGGAUCAUCAUGGAAAAGUCAUUGACACAAAGGAAGUUGAACACGCGAAGGCCGCACAUUUUCAUGCCGUUCAAGAGGAAUUGGCCAAGAUCAAACAUUCCGAACCACAUAGCUACUAAAUAAUGGGGAACAUUCCCCCCCCACCCUUCUUUUGAUGAUACUCAAAAUAUUUCCAUUGAAAUAAAUUUUUUUUUUUUAAUGGAAAGAAGAAACCCCACGGUUUACUGGAAUUGGAAAAUAAUAAGACACACUCGUUUUUGUUUAACUAUUUUUUUUUACUUAGAUCCAAAGAAAUCGUUGAUGGCUCCUUUUUUCUCAAAAAAAAGAAGGAAAAAUUUGGGGAAAUUUGAGGAAAGAGAAAAUAGAAAUCUGUUUAUCGUAACUUUACAACUGAUUCUAUUUUAAUACUUUUUGACAAUUUUCUCCGAAAUUUUCCUCGAGUUUUGAAUUUUUUUUUAUAUUCACUGAGGUGAAUUUGUCUUGCAUUACCAAAAAAAAGAAAAUUCAGGCUCGAUUUCCUUUUUUUUUUGAUAAAUAAGAGCAGGGAGGCGAUAUUCUUUUGCGAUAUAUAGAAUUGUU